CCUCCGGUUUUGCAGGCAGAUGCUACUCAGUGGCAAAGCUAGAGUUAAAACUCAGCAGCAUCGGAUUCCACACCACGUGUUGUUUUGGCGCUUUACCGCAUUUCGCUGACACCCAAACAAACGUGUCGCGAUGAUGGCUCGUGUAUCUUGAAUCGGUUGAUGUUUUUAAAUCUUCGGUUUUAUAUAUUUGAACGGCACGAGCUCAGACGCUGUUGAAUAAUGAAGUACAUACUGGUGACAGGCGGUGUGAUAUCUGGCAUUGGUAAAGGGAUAAUAGCCAGCAGUGUGGGUACUAUACUCAAAUCAUGUGGCCUGCAUGUCACUGCUAUCAAAAUCGACCCCUACAUCAACAUCGAUGCAGGCACUUUCUCUCCCUAUGAACAUGGUGAAGUGUUUGUGCUGGAUGAUGGCGGCGAGGUGGACUUGGAUUUAGGGAACUAUGAACGUUUUCUGGAUAUCCGGCUAACCAGGGACAACAAUUUGACAACGGGGAAGAUCUAUCAGUCAGUUAUAAAUAAGGAGAGGAGAGGGGAUUACUUGGGCAAAACUGUACAAGUGGUACCACACAUUACCGAUGCUAUACAGGAAUGGGUCAUGCGGCAGGCUAAGGUCUCCGUGGAUGAUGACGGUAUUGAACCAGAAGUCUGUGUCAUUGAGCUUGGAGGUACGGUCGGAGAUAUUGAGAGUAUGCCUUUCAUUGAAGCUUUUAGACAGUUUCAAUUUAAAGUGAAACGGGAGAAUUUUUGUAACAUCCAUGUCAGUCUUGUUCCUCAGCCCAAUUCAACAGGAGAACAGAAGACCAAACCCACACAGAACAGUGUUCGGGAGCUUCGUGGACUUGGCCUGUCACCUGAUCUCAUUGUUUGUCGUUGCUCCACUCCAUUGGACACUGCCGUGAAAGAGAAAAUCUCCAUGUUUUGCCAUGUAGAACCUGAACAGGUGAUCUGCAUACAUGACGUGUCCUCCAUCUACAGAGUACCUUUGCUCCUGGAGGAUCAGGGCAUAGUUGACUACUUCUGUCGCAGGCUGGACUUGCCCAUUGAGAUGAGACCUCGCAAAAUGCUCACAAAAUGGAAGGAGAUGUCAGACCGGUUUGCCUAUGCAUCUCAAAAAUUUUAUUCUUCCCAGAAAUUCCAUUUUGGUACAGCUGUUUUGAGCAGUCUGUCCCUGUUUCAUAGAUCUGACCGACUCCUAGAGCAAACCUCCAUCGCUUUAGUAGGCAAAUACACCAAGCUUUCAGAUUCGUAUGCCUCUGUUAUUAAAGCACUGGAGCACUCUGCCCUCGCCAUCAACUAUAAGCUAGAGGUCAAGUACAUCGAUUCGGCAGACCUGGAGCCAGCAGCGUUGCAGGAGGAGCCGGUGAAGUACCAUGAGGCCUGGCAGAAGCUCUGCAGUGCUGAUGGUGUUCUUGUUCCUGGAGGCUUUGGUGUGCGAGGCACUGAGGGAAAAAUCCAAGCUAUUAACUGGGCAAGGAGACAGAAAAAGCCAUUUUUAGGUGUUUGUUUGGGCAUGCAGCUAGCAGUGUGUGAAUUUGCUCGUAAUGUACUUGGCUGGGAAGAUGCCAAUUCUACAGAAUUUGACCCUGAAACAAAACAUCCAGUGGUGAUUGAAAUGCCCGAGCACAAUCCAGGGCAGCUGGGAGGAACCAUGCGGUUGGGAAAAAGGCGCACCUUAUUCAAAAGCACCUCCAGCUUUCUUCGAAAGCUGUACGGAGAUGCUGAAUAUGUGGAUGAAAGGCAUCGACAUCGCUUUGAGGUUAAUCCAGAAUUGAAGCAGCACUUUGAGGAUAGAGGUUUUCGUUUUGUGGGUCAGGACCUGGAGGGGGAGCGAAUGGAGAUCAUUGAACUUGAAGAUCACCCUUAUUUUGUCGGAGUGCAGUACCACCCAGAAUUCACUUCUCGCCCCAUCAAACCCUCACCUCCUUAUUUUGGCCUUCUACUGGCAGCAUCUGGGAAACUACAGAACUACUUACAAAAAGGAUGCCGGCUCUCACCUCGGGACACAUACAGUGACCGAAGUGGCAGUAGUUCACCAGACUCAGAGAUAUCUGAAAUCAAAUUCCCAUCACUUUCCUAAAGUGGACAUACACAUCUAAUCAUGAAAACAAAAACUUUCAUGACAUGAAUUUAACGUUUGAAUAAAUGAAUAAAAAAGGUAGUGUGUCCUUUUUAAGCAUACUGUUCUGUCAACAGUGAUAUAUUUAAAUGAAAUAUGGGGCAAGACCAGAAGAAGCAUUACAGUUUUAAAAGUAUGUUCAUAAAAUUUAAACAAAAUGUAUGUCAACAUGAGAUUAGUGUGAUAAUAUCGCUUACUGAUCUUUUAUGUGCAAACGUUUCUCAGCUCCUGGUUUGACUGUACAUCCUUUCACUUUCACAUGUCAGAAAGAGACUGUCUACACAGAGAAAACUAGAUAAUAUUCUCAUCCCUUAAACGUAUCUAGAAAGCAUUUAGAAGUUUACAGCUAAAAAAAGAAAAAAAAACACCUUUUGACUUCCAUUGUAAACACAUUACUGUAAAUGCAAAUGAUGUUUGUUUUUUCAAACUGAGAGAAGAAUUAAAACUAUUGUCCCCAUAUAACGUAACAUAUUAAACAAAAAACAUUCCUUUAUUACAAAUUUUGUAAUACAAUAAACUAAUUUGGAAGAGA